ACAAAUAAAAAUAAUAUAUCACUAAUUGUGGUAUGUGCAAUAAUUUACCCAGGGGUGCCCAAACUUGCACCUGUACAAUGUUGUAUAUAUAAAUUAUGUCAUUAGAUCACAUAAUUGAAAUAAACACACUUAUUGUUCGUCCACUCACCUCAGGUCAGGAAGAAAACGUGUUUGCGAAGAAGAACUAUGAGAAGUACCUGUCUGCCCUGAAGAGCUCAGGGCUGGUCACGGUAGAGGAGAAGGGAGCGGCGGCAGCAGCAGCGGCGGCAGCAGCAGCAGCAGCAGCAGCAGCAGCAGCAGCAGCAGCAGCAGCAGCUGGAGGCGAAGGAGCCGAGGCUGGGGCCACAGCUGGUGCAGGGUCCCUUAGCUUACUGGGUGCCACUGCUGCUGUAAACUCUGUUGAUUCCAGUAAAGAGGAGGAUCAGGACGGAGGGCAGAGUGUGGGGCAGCGGAAGAGAGUGAAGCUCAGCAGUAGCACCAAAGACCCAUCGAUCAUGGACACUCUGAAACACAAGUGCUUCUUAGAGGAGUUGCUGUUCUGGACGAUAAAGUACGAGUUCCCACAGAAGAUGGUCACGUUCUUGCUCAACAUGCUGCCCGAUCAAGACUACAAGAUCACGUUCACCAAGACGUUCGUGCAGCACUACGCCUUCAUCAUGAAGACGCUGAUGAAGAGCCAGGAGUCGGACACCAUGUCCAACCGCAUCGUGCACAUCAGCGUGCAGCUCUUCAGCAACGAGGAGCUGGCGCGUCACGUCACGGAGGAGUGCCAGCUGCUGGACGUCAUGGUCACCGUGCUGCUCUACAUGAUGGAGAGCUGCCUUAUACGGAGCGAGUUGCAGGAUGAGGAGAAUAGCCACCACGUGGUGGUAAACUGUGGCGAAGCUCUUCUGAAGAACAACACCUACUGGCCUUUAGUUAGUGACUUCAUUAACAUUCUCUCUCACCAAAGUGUUGCCAAGAGGUUCCUGGAGGAUCACUCUCUGCUCAUGUUGUGGAUGAGCUUUGUGUCCUUCUUUCAAGGUAUGAACCUAAACAAGCGGGAGCUGAAUGAGCAUGUGGAGUUUGAGUCGCAGACGUAUUACGCAGCGUUCGCAGCCGAGCUGGAGGCCUGUGCCCAACCCAUGUGGGGUCUGCUCACACACUGCAAAGUCAAGGAAACGCAGGAGUACACCAAGACAGUGGUGCGCUACUGCCUGGAAGCCCUUCAGGUCUGGUUUGAUAACAUCGGCUUCGUGGACGAGCCCGCACCCAAUCAGGUGACGUUUCACCUACCUCUGCACCGAUACUACGCCAUGUUCCUCAGCAAGGCGGUGAAGUGCCAAGGGUUGGAUCUAGACAGCCUGCUUCCUGACCAGGAGAUGCUGAUGAAGAUCAUGGUCCAUCCUCUUCAGAUUCAGGUGAGCCUGUCUGAGAUCCACAGCAACAUGUGGGUGAGGAACGGUCUGCAGAUCAAAGGCCAGGCCAUGACCUAUGUCCAGUCCCACUUCUGCAACUCCAUGAUCGACCCUGACAUCUACCUGCUCCAGGUGUGUGCAUCUCGGCUGGAUCCCGAUUACUUUAUUUCCUCAGUUUUUGAAAGGUUUAAAGUGGUGGACUUGUUGACCAUGGCCUCCCAGCACCAGAACACAGUGCUGGACUCUGAGCAGGAGCGGCCCAUGCUUGAGGGAGCCCUCACCUUCCUGGUCAUCCUCUGCAGCUUGCGCAUACACCUAGGCAUGGCGGAUGAUGAGAUCCUGCGGGCUGAGAUGGUGUCUCAACUGUGUAUGAACGACCGCACCCACAGCUCCCUGCUCGACCUCAUCCCUGAGAACCCUAAUCCAAAGAGUGGCAUAGUCCCGGGCAGCUGCAGCUUUGAGGACAUGCUGUCUGCAGUGGCCGACUUCAAGGCCCCUGUGUUUGAGCCUGGAGGUUCCAUGCAACAGGGCAUGUACACGCCCAAAGCCAAGGUGUGGGAGAAGGAGUUUGACCCCAUCAUGGUGAUCCUCAGGACUGUCUACAGGAGGGAUGUGCAGUCAGCCAUGGACAGAUAUGCUGCAUUUUUGAAACAUUCAGGAAAUGUCGCUGGCAAUCCGUGGCCACCUUACAAGGAGAGGACCCCUCUGCACGGUUGCUAUAAGGGCUUAAUCCGCCUGCUUCACUGCAAAACCCUCCACAUCGUCAUCUUCACACUCCUCUAUAAGAUCUGGAUGGACCAUCCCAACAUGUCGGAGCACGUCCUGUGCAUGGUCCUGUACCUGAUUGAGCUGGGGCUGGACAACCAGGUCCAUGACGAGGAGGACGAGGAGCCCUGUAUAGAGGAGCAUUGCCAUGACAGCUGGUUUCCUGGCACCAGUCUCCUCUCUAACCUGCACCACGUCAUCAACUUCGUGCGCGUGCGCGUGCCAGAGAGCGCCCCAGAGGUCCGGAGAGAGCCGCCGCCCAGCACCAGCACAGAGGGCUCCCCGCCCAGCCAGCACUCUCGCCGACUCUCAGGGAAUUGGAGAGAGAACCUGCGUGAGGCUCAGCUCUUUAGCCUGGUGGCGGAGAGGCGGCGUAAGUUCCAGGAGAUCAUCAACAGCAGCAACCGUGAGGCCGCGGCAGCCCCCGUCACGCGCCCCAAGAGCUCCUCUGCCCGCUGGUUGCCUCCGGGCACCUCGCAGCACCUCGCCGCCUCUGCCGCUGCCGCCGCGGCAGCCUCGGCCCCGCAGCUGGUCACCGAGAUCCUGGAGGUGCGCGAGAGCAUGCUGUCCCUGCUGGUCAAGCUGCACCAGAAGCUGUCGGCGCGUGGCACCGCCACGCUCUCCGUGGCCGGCCUGGAGGGCGCCGACCCCGGCACCGUUGCCCACGGCGACGGGCUGACGGCCAUCCAGCGCAUCCUGGCCAAGGCGGCGGCGCGGAGCAGGUUGAGUCGGCGCUGCAUCCAGGACCUCUGCGGCAACGCGUGCCCGCCGGUGCCACCCAAGAAGAACAGCCCUGCAGACAAGAAGAGCAUGGACAAGGAGGAGAGGCGUCAGAGGGCUCGUGAGCGACAGCAGAAGUUGCUGGCGGAGUUUGCCUCCAGGCAGAAGAGCUUCAUGGAGACAGCCAUGGACGUUGAGAGUCCAGAUGCAGACCCAGGCAUGGACCUGGAGGCGUGUGAUCUGGCGGAGGAGGUUCUGUACGACUGCGUCAUCUGCGGCCAGAGCGGCCCCUCCACCGAGGACCGGCCCACUGGCCUGGUGGUGCUGCUGCAGGCCUCCUCAGUGCUGGGUCACCGGUGCAGGAGCGACGAACCUAAGAGGCUUCCCACCAGCGACGAGGAGCACAUUUACCCAGAAGACACCUGUGGAGCCGCCAGUGACGUUCGACUCUCCCUCAUGCAGCGCGACUUUAAAGAUAGUUCUUGUCUGCAGUCGGUGUCCAUCGGCUGGGACGGCGGCGUGUACGUACAGACCUGCGGACACACACUGCACAUCGACUGCCACAAGUCCUACAUGGAGUCCCUGAGGAAUGACCAGGUGCUUCAGGGCUUCUCCGUGGACAAGGGCGAGUUCACCUGCCCUCUCUGCCGGCAGUUUGCCAACAGCGUGUUGCCGUGCCGACCAGGGCGGGGCUCGGAGGUGGGGGCGUGGCACGUGCCCAGCACCAAGCCCAUGCACGUGCUGGUGAAGGAGGUGGAGGACCUACAGGACCAGAUGGCCAUUUUCCCCGUAAGCUCCACUACGGAGUCCAACCUCACCAAGGAGAUGGAGUCGGUCAUCAAGGACAUCAAGAACACCACGCAGAAGAAGUACAUGGACUUCGGCAAGAACCCCGGUUCUCCCGAUAACGACUUCCUCUUCAUGUACUCCGUGGCCAGGUCUAAUCUGGAGCUGGAGUUGGUGCAUCGGGGAGGAAACCUCUGCUGUGGAGGAGCCAGUGCAGCUGCCAAGCGGUCCUGUCUCAAUCAGCUCUUCCAUGUGUUGGCCAUGCACAUGCGUCUGUACAGCAUAGACUCCGCCUACAACCCCUGGAACCGCCUCACACAGCUAACACACAGCAGGGAUGAGUAUUAUGAUGAAGAGAGGCCAGAGGUGCCCAUGCUCUUCAGAGAUGUCCCCUCCCUCCUCAUCAUCUUCAUCCUGACCAUGCCUCAGCCCCUGCGCAAAGAGCACUUCAUCUGUGUGGUGAAGGUGCUGUACACACUUCAGUACACACAGGCCCUGGCCGCGCUGUCAAUUAAGUUUAGCCCUGAGGAGAGACAAGCCUGGAGCACCUCUGGAGCAAUUAAGAAGAGCAUGCCCAAUGCCAACAAGUCCUGGGAAGCGCUCCUCAGUCAUGUGAUUGGCGAGAUGUCCAAAGGGAAGAGCAUAUACGACACACAGUCUGAGGAGGUGUCUAUGCUGUGCUCCAGUGUGUGGUCUCCCCAGUCUAUUGAGUUUUCCCUGCAGCAGUACUGUCUGCCCUUCCUGCGUCUGUCCAGUCUGCUGCAGCACCACCUGUAUGGAGACAUCCUCGCAGGCUGCCAGGUUGAAGAGGAGUUCUCUAUGCUUGCACUCAGCCUGGGCCUGCUGGCCCCUGCAGCGCAGGCGGGAAACCCCGUCAGCAGUGCGGCGUUUCUGGAGUGGGCGGUCAGCCCCUUCUCCCUGCUGCCCCAGUGGUGCGCCGAGGUCACCGGCCUCCCCGAGACGCAGGUCGAGCAGACAGUGACUCUGAUGGCGCAGGAUCCUCGCUGGGCGGCGCCCCGCCUGCUGCAGCUGCCGGAGAACUACAACACCAUCUUCCAGUACUACCACCGCAAGGCCUGCACCUCCUGCACCAAGGGGCCCAAGGACCCGGCCCUCUGCCUGGUGUGCGGGGCUUUCGUCUGCCUCAAGGGCCUUUGCUGCAAACAGCAGGGCAUCUGCGAGUGUGUGCUGCACUCUCAGCACUGCGGAGCAGCCACAGGCAUCUUCCUCCUCAUCAAUGCCUCCGUCAUCAUCAUCAUCAGAGGUCACCGCUUCUGUCUGUGGGGCUCAGUGUACCUGGAUGCACAUGGAGAGGAGGACAGAGACCUGCGCCGGGGCAAGCCGCUGUUCCUCUGUGCCGAGCGGUACCGUGUUCUGGAGCAGCAGUGGGUGGCCCACACCUUCGACCACAUCAACAAGCGCUGGGGGCCUCACUACAACGGACUCUAACUUUCCCCUGCCACCCCAGAGGCCCCCAGGGGCCCAGCCUGAGAUAUACCCCCAACCCCCACCCUUCCCACGCAACCCAGCCUCACCCAGGGCGAGUUACUCAGCCCUGCCUGGUGUAAAUCUUACGGUAAACUCGUAUCAUGUACGAUAUAAAGAAACAAACAAAAAACGACAUGCAGUGCAAAGAGGUUCCUGCCCACCCCCCCCAGCCUUGGGUUUAUGUGAAGUUUUAGUGUACAAUCAUGCCUAUCGACUAACAGUGUGUGUGUUUUUAAGAAAA